AGGACGGCUGGCUCAGGAAACGAAAGUUAUUCUUUAAUCCAAAGUAACAACGUUUCUCGAAGUGGAGGUAUCCCUUCUUUCGAGAGAAAAACACUUCAAUGCAAAAUUCCAGGAGCUGGAAACAUUAAGGUCUCCAGUCUACUAUGGAUGAGGAGGGAGAGGAGGGGGGUCUUACCUCUAAAACCACUCUGUCUGGGGAACAUGGCUGCCAGAGCAAAGCUAAGAGAAGAGUCCAGAAGGAGAGAGCAGACUCCCCUGGACCCAGCUGUGUCUCCAUGAAGAGUGACCACUCUAUGGAUCCACCUGUUACCUUUAAAGAUGGAAAUCGUUCUAUUGAGAAGAGAAAACACCAGGAGAAGUCAAAUGUUACCAGUGCUCGGUCUGAACAGCAGGAAACAGAGCUGAUCAAGAUGGCUGAGGAGAUUGCACACGCUUUUCUAGACAAGGAGCUGAAGAAGCUUUGGACGGUUCUCUUCCUACAUUCCCCACAAUGCUCAGAGAGUCAGAGGGAGGUGGAGGAGGUUGGUAAGAACGAGGAGCAGAGGAGGCGUGCCAUAGAGGGAGUGGUAGACAUCACAAAGCUCUGCCUGAUGGAGAUGAACCAGGACAUACUAGCUGACACACUGUGGGGCGAAGCGAUUGCUGUUGAGUGUCAACAUAAACUCAAGUCUCAUCUGAUGAAGAAGUUCAGGUGUGUGUUUGAGGGAAUCCCUAAAGCAGGACAGCCAACAGGGCUGAAUGACUUCUACACAGAAAUCUACAUCACAGAGAGAGGCAGUGGAGAGGUCAACAAGGAACACGAGGUCAGACUGAUCGAAAGAUUUUCCAGAAGACCAGCCAAGAAGGAAACACCUAUUAAAUGUGAAGAUAUCUUUAAACCCCUACCUGGACGAGAUCAACCAAUCAGAACAAUACUGACAACUGGAGUGGCCGGCAUUGGUAAAACCGUCUUAACACACAAGUUCACUCUGGACUGGGCUGAAGGCAAUGCCAACCAUGACAUACAAUUCACAUUUACCUUCACUUUCAGAGAGCUGAAUUUACUGAAAGGGAAAGAGUUUAGCAUGGUGGAACUUCUUCAUCACUUCUUUAUUGGGACCAAAGAAGCAGGAAUCUGCAGAAACGACCGGUUCCAAGUUGUCCUCAUCUUGGAUGGUCUGGAUGAGUGUCGUCUUCCACUGGACUUCCAGAACAACCAGAUCUUGACUGAUGUCACAGAGUCCACCUCAGUUGAUGUUCUCCUGACAAACCUCAUUAGGGGCUACCUGCUUCCCUCUGCUCGCAUCUGGAUAACUACACGCCCAGCAGCAGCCAAUCAGAUCCCUGCUGAGUAUGUUGGCAUGGUGACAGAGGUGAGAGGGUUCACUGACCAUCAGAAGGAGGAUUACUUCAGGAAGAGAUUCAGAGAGGAGGCGCAGGCCAGCACAAUCAUCUCCCACGUCAAAAUAUCACGAAGCCUCCACAUAAUGUGUCACAUCCCAGUCUUCUGUUGGAUCACUGCUACAGUUCUGGAGGACUUCUUCGAAACAUCCCAGAGAGGAGAAGUAAUGCCAAACACUGUGACUCGGAUGUACAUCUAUUUCCUGAGGGUUCUGUCCAUACAGGGGGACAGGAAGUAUCAUGGGAGAGCUGAAACAGAUCCACACUGGAGUUCAGAGAGCAGGGAGAUAAUUGUUUCUCUUGGAAAACUGGCUUUUAACCAGCUGGAGAAAGGCAACCUGAUCUUCUACGAAGCAGACCUGGCAGAGUGUGGCAUCGAUAUCAAUGCAGCCUCAGUGUACUCAGGAGUGUUCACCCAGAUCUUUAAAGAGGAGUGUGGGCUGUACCAGGACAAGGUAUUCUGCUUUGUCCAUCUGAGCAUCCAGGAGUUCCUGGCUGCCCUUUAUGUCUUUCUGCCCUUCAUGGACACUGGUGACAAUCCACUCUCAGAAGAACAAUCAGCCACCGGGGAAGAUAAACUCCUCCUCCUCUACCAGAAGGCAGUGGACAUGGCCUUACAGAGUGAGAACGGACACCUGGACUUGUUCCUCCGCUUCCUGCUGGGCCUAUCUCUGGAGACCAAUCAGAUUCUCCUACGAGGUCUGCUCGGACAGACAAGAAGUAGAUCUCUGACCAUUGAGGGAAUAGUGUCUUACAUCAAGGAGAAGCUAAAUGGAGAGCUCUCUCCAGAGAGAAGCAUCAAUCUGUUCCACUGUCUGAAUGAGCUGAACGACCAUUCUCUAGUGAAGAAUAUCCAACACUGCCUGAAAUCAGGAAGUCUCUCCAAAGAAUCUCUCUCGCCUGCUCAGUGGUCAGCUCUGGUCUUCAUCUUACUAUCAUCAGAAGAAAAGCUUGACGUGUUUGACCUGAAGAAAUACUCUGCUUCAGCGGAGGGUCUUCUGAGGCUGCUGCCAGUGGUCAAAGCCUCAAAAACAUCUCUGAUGAAUGGCUGUCAUCUGUCAGAGAGAUGCUGCAAAGCUCUGGCCUCAGUUCUCAGCUCCAACUCCUCUAGUCUGAGAAAGCUGGACCUGAGUACGAAUGAUCUGCAGGAUUCAGGAGUGAAGCUGCUCUCUGCUGGACUGGGGAGUCCACACUGUACACUGAAAACUCUCAAGCUGAAUGGCUGUCAUCUGUCAGAGAGAUCCUGUGAAGCGCUGGCCUCAGUUCUCAGCUCAAACUCCUCUAGUCUGAGAGAGCUGGACCUGAGUAAUAAUGAUCUGCAGGAUUCAGGAGUGAAGCUGCUCUCUGCUGGACUGGGGAGUCCACACUGUACACUGGAAACCCUCAGAUUGUCUGGCUGCCUGAUCACACAGGAAGGCUGUGCUUCUCUGGCCUCAGCGCUGAGCUCAAACCCUUCCCAUCUGAGAGAAUUGGACCUGAGCUACAAUCACCCAGGAGACUCAGGAGCUGCACUGCUCUCUGCUGGACUUAAGGAUCCACGCUGGAGACUGGACACUCUCAGUGUGGAGCACGGUGGAGCGCGGAGGCUGAAACCAGCUCUAAAGAAGUAUGCCUGUAAACUCACCAUGGACCCAAACACAGCCAACAAACGACUCACUCUCUCUAAAGACAACACAAAGGUGACAGAGGUGGAGGAGAAGCAGUCAUAUGCUGAUCACCCAGAGGAACUUGACUCCUCUAGCCAGGUGUUGUGUAGAGAGGUUCUGACUGGCCGCUGUUACUGGGAGGUAGAGUGGAAAGGAGAGGUUUCUUUUGGAGUGACAUACAGAGAAAAUACAAGGAGAGGAGGGAGUGUUGACAGCAGGCUUGGAAGGAACAGCAAGUCCUGGAGUCUUGAGUUUCAUGGUGACCGUGCCUCUGCCAAGUGCAGUGAUAAAAAUAGAGACAUACCCACCCCCUCUUGCCAUGAUGAUGCUGAUGGGGACUAUGGUGCUGACUUUGGUGAUGACAAUGGGGAUGGGGCUGACUUUGGUGAUGACAAUGGGGAUGUUGUUGACCUUGGUGAUGGUGCUGACUUUGGUGAUGACAAUGGGGAUGGUGCUGACUUUGGUGAUGACAAUGGGGAUGGUGCUGACUUUGGUGAUGACAAUGGGGAUGUUGUUGACCUUGGUGAUGGUGCUGACUUUGGUGAUGACAAUGGGGAUGUUGACCUUGGUGAUGACAAUGGGGAUGUUGUUGACCUUGCUGAUGACAAUGGGGAUGUUGUUGGCCUUGGUGAUGGUGCUGACUUUGGUGAUGACAAUGGGGAUGUUGUUGACCUUGGUGAUGACAAUGGGGAUGUUGUUGGCCUUGGUGAUGACAAUGGGGAUGUUGUUGACCUUAGUGAUUACAAUGGGGAUGUUGUUGGCCUUGGUGAUGGUGCUGACUUUGGUGAUGACUAUCAGGACCUUGUUGACCUUGGUGAUGGUGAUGAUUUUUAUGAUGACUAUCAGGACCUUGUUGACCUUGGUGAUGGUGAUGACUUUUAUGAUGACUAUCAGGACCUUGUUGACCUUGGUGAUGGUGAUGACUUUUAUGAUGACUAUCAGGACCUUGUUGACCUUGGUGAUGGUGAUGACUGUUAUGAUGACUAUCAGGACCUUGUUGACCUUGGUGAUGGUGAUGACUUUUAUGAUGACUAUCAGGACCUUGUUGACCUUGGUGAUGGUGAUGACUUUUAUGAUGACUAUCAGGACCUUGUUGACAUUGGUGAUGUUGAUGACUUAUAUGAUGACUAUCAGGUCCUUGUUGAUACUGGUGGUGAUUAUUACAUUGCAUGGUAUUACAGUAGACCAACAGUCAUCCGUCUCACCCCCUCUGAUGACAUUUCCUCUGCCCAGCACAACCUCUCCUCUGGCUCUAACAGAGUAGGAGUGUACCUGGACCGGCUUGCUGGUACUCUGUCCUUCUACAGAGUGUCCUCAGACACACUGACACACAUCCACACCUUUCAGUGCACCUUCACCCAGGAGGACCUCCUCCCUGGGUUUGAUUUUGAGUUAAGGGGCUCUGGUUCCACAGUGUCUCUGUGUCGAUUGUAGCAAAACACACGCAUACGUGUGCACACACACAGAAACCCACACACGUUUGUUUUUCAUAGGCUAAGUAAAUGCAAAUAAUGUUUUGUUUCUUAGUAUAUGGAGCGUUUUCUAGCAUUGCCAUUGCGAUUAAUAUAGAUGCUGCAACCACUGAAACUAUGCAGCUUGUGCAGUCAUUUUUCCUUCCGUUGUGUUGUCACCCAGGCAGUUUUGCUGGUUUACACCUAUGUAAUUGAUGAUGUUCUUUCAAUAAAAAGUUUUAUUUGCCAUUGACCCAGGGAUGACGUUAAUUCUUCUUUGGACAGACUAGGCCCAGGUAUUUGUGUGCGGCAACCUGGAAGUUGGUUCUCCUUUCUUCGGCAAAAAGUUCAUUCCAAAAUAUCAUUUUAUAAAUCCAAACAUUUGGUUUAACAAGAUAAGCUUGUAAAAUGAAUACGUUUGAUGUUGGUUCAACAAAAACGUUUUUUUCGACUGACCAAGGAAUGACAUUUGAUCUUCUUCCUGGGGACGCACUAGGAUGAUGUGUUUUUGGACAUCCCUGAAGGUUAUGUUUUGCUUUGCCUCCGCCAUAAUCCAUUUUAAAACAUUUGUUCAACAAGAUAAUAAUGACAAAUUAAUACUGCUUUAAAUGUUUUUGAGGUGUUAAUGAAUGAAUAAAGUCAAAGGCAGAUAAAAAAAAAGACUUCUAAAAUGAAGGAUUUUGGACUGAAGUUUGCAUCACUUCCCCCCGGAAGUGAUGUAAACAUUAAUUUGGGCACAGAAUGAUUUGGGGAUGAGAUAGCGGCGUCUGGUCUCUUUAAUAUGAAUCAGUAGCUCAUAUUCAAAAAAUCUAUCCAUACAGGGAGUUGUGAUAUUAGUAGGUGACCUAGGGGUCAAGAAUACUUGGGAGGGAGCUUGAGAAACACGCAACAACUGCAUCACAGCGGGGCGGAGCUGAUUGACAGAUGAACAAAGCCAGCUCUUAGAGUUGUGGGCUGGAACCCGCACAACAACCCAAGAUUACAGGGCGGGGUCUACAAUAACAGCGUGUGGAACUCAAAUAGAGCAUUUAUCAAUUAGGAAUGUCGGGAUUGUGGUCUUAAUGAUAUAACCUUUGCUACAUGUUUAUGCAUUUGUUCAAAAUGUUGAAAGGGAAAUGAGAGAAUUUUAGAGGAUAUCUUUUUUUCAAUCUUAUAUCUGGGAACAGCCUUAUUGAUGUGUGAAGGGCAGACAACCCUAACAAAGAGGCGUUUGAGAAAACAAAUGGAAUGGGACAGAUGAGGCAGAGCAGGAUAAAUGUCUGUUUAGCAAAAGAGAAUAUGGAGAAAUGGGAAUAAUAUUAUACAUGUAAUGGAGUGGUAAUGCCUCUAUUAUUUCUGAUAUGUGGUUCAUUAUGAAAGGAGAAGUUAUUUGGGGUUUGAAUCCAUGAAUGUUACAAGAGCAAGCAUAUUGAGAGAGGAUAAGGGAUUAAGGAUAAGAGUUUAGGGAACAACGGUCAACAGAAUGUGAGACAAUGCAAAGUGAAGUAGCUGCAGCUGGAGGCCAGAGUGAAUAAGUGUGAAAACAACCCAGUCUCACCAAUAUGCGUACAGAUCGCACGGUUUGACACUUUCAAAAUGCGUGCAGUACAUACGCCAAAUUACCCUUUCGCGUGCAUAUGAUACGCAAAACCCAGCAUUAACCACUGUGGAGGGCGGAUGCGUCCAUUUUGCGUUCAUAUCAUACGCAAAUCGCAGCAUUAACUGAAUGGGAAAUGCAAUAUUUUAGGACAGAUUCACCAUUAAACGUGUUUCUAAUGACAUUUCUAGCGAGAAAUGUACUUUUUCCAUGAAUAAUCUUCAGUCAGUGAAUGUGUAUGAUCUUUAUUAAUCUUUAUUAUCUGAAUGGGAAAUGCAAUAUUUUAGGACCGAUUCACCGUUAA